AUGUUGCAAAAGUCUUCAAUUGCAAAGGAAGCUUCGGACUGGCGGUCGAGGAAGCACCGAGGGCUCCUACUGCCACGCGAGAGUAAUACCUACGGCACAACCGCCACGCCACGCUACAGCUCGCCACGCCGUUUACAGCUCGCCACGCCACGCUACAGCUCGCCACAGCCAUGCUACUCGCCACGCAGCUACAGCUCGCCACGCCACGCCACACAAACUCGCCACGCCACGCUACAGCUCGCCACGACACGCUUACAGCUCGCCACGCUACAGCUCGCCACACACGCUACAGCUCGCCACGCCACGCCACGCUACAGCUCGCCACGCCGCCAACACGCCACGCUACAGCUCGCCACGCCACACAACUCGCCACCCACGCCACGCUACAGCUCGCCACGCUACACUACGGCAAAUCAUGCUAUCCCACGCCAUGUUCAGAACCCAAGUAGAAUGCGCACUGCAACCUCACGUCAGGUUGCAAGCACUACAGGAUUGGGCGUCUUAAUCAUAGCAAGACAAUUUGGAAUAUUCCUUGGACAAAUGACCCUAGAUGCAAAAGUCAGCCCUGACCUCUUAGCUGAUGGUAUGUCACUGAGAUGGGUAUGUGUACCAUCCACAUACAAGCCUACAACCACGCGUUAUGCCCUUGCUACCUGGUCCAUCCACACACCAACCAAGUCCACCAACACGUUCAAGUCCACCCACACGCAAAAAUCCACCCACACAGCUAAGUCCAAAGUCACCACAUGCCAACCAUGUCCACCCACACAGCUAAGUCCAAAGUCCACCCACACACCAACCAAGUCCACCCACACGCAAAAGUCCACCUACACAGUUAAGUCCAAAGUCCACCCAACACGCCGCCACAAGUCCAACCACACGCCAAACAAUUCACCCCACGCCAAAACCAAGUCCACCCACACGCAAAAGUUCACCCACACGUUCAAGUCCACCCACGCGCCAACAAAGUCCACUCACACAUUCAAGUCCACCCACAUAGCUAAGUCCAAAGUCCAUCCACACACCAACCAAGUCCACCAACGCAAAAGUCCACCCACACACCAAGUCCAAAGUCCACCCACACAGCCAAGUCCAAAGUCCACCCACACACCACAAUUCCAAAGUCCACCCACACACAAGUUCAAAAAGUCCACCCAACAGCCAAACAAAGUCCACCCACACGCCAACCAGUCCACCCAACAGCUAAGUCCAAUAGUCCCAUCCACACCAACCAAGUCCACCCACACAGCCAAGUCCAAAGUCCACCCACACGCAAAAGUCCACCCACACAGCAGUCCAAAGUCCACCCACACGCAAGUCCACCCACACAGCCAAGUCCAAGCCAAAAGUCCACCCACACGCAAAGCAGCCAGUCCAAAGUCCACCACACAGCCAAGUCCAAAGUCCACCCACACACCAACCAAUCCACGCCACACGCAAAAGUCCACCAACACAAGCCAAGUCGCAAACCCACGCGCCAACCAAGUCCACCCACACAGCCAAGUCCACCCAACGCAAAAUCCACCCACGCGCCACAAGUCGCACCCCACACAGCCAAGUCCAAAGUCCACCCACGCGCCAACCAAGUCCACCCACACUCCGACCAUGUACGGCACUGCGCUUUGUGACAAGUUCAUAUUUCAGCGACCAUCUCAUUAG